AUGAACCUGGAGCUCCGAAUGAGCAGUCAGCCACUCAGUAGAAUCGCUAGAAGUGAGCUUGGACUGACCCCAUAUCGUGUUCAAAAGACUGGAAUUCUGUCGGGAAACAACAAUCUGGUACGCGUCCAGAAGUGCAAGUCGACAUUUGCUGGCACGCGCCAAAAUGAACACAUGAAUAUGAUAAUUAGAAAGUAUUCAGUAAACUAUUGUCCAAUUUUCAUGUUGAUACGGGUUAUUUUGGCAAAGUUACAUCACUUUGAAUGUGUUACCAUACUUUUGCCGCACCCUGUAUAA